UGACCGUAUUUUCUUCUUAGCCGGACGCAAGAACGAAAUACGAGUUAUUAUAAAAAAAAUUCUUUAAUUUCUAAAAAAUUUAAACGAUUAUGGUGGUUUCGGUAAAAGUUUUUAAGAAAGCAACACCCAAUGGAAAAGUUACUUUCUAUUUGGGUAGAAGGGAUUUCAUAGACCAUUUGGAUUAUAUUGACCCCGUGGAUGGUGUGAUUGUGGUGGAUCCGGAUUAUUUGAAAAACCGCAAAGUAUUUGGCCAACUAGCCACCAUCUAUCGCUAUGGCCGCGAGGAGGAUGAAGUCAUGGGAGUAAAAUUCUCCAAGGAGCUUAUUUUGUGUCGUGAACAAAUUGUCCCCAUGAGCAAUUCCAACAUGGAAAUGACUCCCACCCAAGAGAAAUUGGUGCGCAAGUUGGGUGUCAAUGCUCAUCCCUUUACCUUCCAUUUCCCACCCAAUUCACCCAGCUCUGUAACUUUGCAACAGGAUGGUGAUGACUUGGGCAAACCCUUGGGUGUGGAAUAUACCAUUCGUGCCUAUGUGGCCGAUUCCGAAGAUGAUCGCCAACAUAAACGCAGCAUGGUCAGUUUGGUUAUUAAGAAAUUGCAAUAUGCUCCUCCUACUCGUGGCCAACGUUUGCCCAGCUCGUUGGUAAGCAAAGGUUUUACCUUUUCAAAUGGCAAAAUCAGUUUGGAGGUAACUUUGGAUCGUGAGAUUUACUAUCAUGGCGAAAAGGUAGCUGCCACCGUGCAGAUCAAUAAUAACUCCAAGAAGGCGGUUAAAAAUAUUAAAGUCUUCAUUAUUCAACAUACGGAGAUUACAAUGGUUAAUGCCCAAUUUAGCAAACAUGUGGCGCAAUUGGAGACAAAAGAAGGCUGCCCCAUAACACCGGGAGCUAAUUUAAGCAAGACCUUCUAUUUGAUACCAUUGGCUUCCAAUAACAAAGAUCGUCAUGGUAUUGCUUUGGAUGGUCAUCUUAAGGAUGAAGAUGUCAACUUGGCCUCUUCAACUUUGGUGCAAGAUGGCAAAUCAACCGGAGAUGCUUGUGGUAUUGUGAUCUCAUACUCAGUACGUAUCAAGUUGAAUUGUGGUACAUUGGGUGGUGAAAUUCAAACCGAUGUACCCUUCAAACUACUACAACCGGCACCAGGUUCCGUUGACAAGAAACGUUCGAAUGCCAUGAAGAAAAUGAAGUCCAUUGAACAGCAUCGCAAUACCAAAGGUUAUUAUCAAGAUGAUGAUGACAAUAUUGUCUUUGAAGAUUUCGCCAAAAUGCGUACUAAUAAUGCAGAUGUAAUGGAUUAAUCCAUUAGAAAUUCACAGCAUUUGAUUAAACUUAAAAUUGACACUUGACACUGGAACGUUUAUAAUUUGUACGCAAUAAAUAAAAAAAGUAGCAAUAUAACGAAAGCAUGAAGUUUGUUGCGGCACUUUGAAUAAUUAACAAACAUAUUUAAACAAUUAAUUAUAUAUUUAGUAUUGUUAAGCUCAGAAUUUGUCUAUAAAAAGUAUUUUCCUUAUAAAA